CCGGAAGUAAGCAGAGCUGUUUUUGUUGCCAAAGCAAAGGGACUCUCUGUGUUGUGAAAAUGGCGGCUCCUCGUCGCUCUUCUCAGCAACAACAGCAGAGUCUGCUGUCCUCUCCGAGGAACACGGCUCUUUCACCUAGUCCCCCUGGUAGUCCUCCAACUCCAGUUGGAGCAGCACCGGCUCCGGUCGGAGCCGAACAAGAAAACAGUGAUGAUACUGAGAUCAUUCCGGCCUCCCCUGAUCUCCCAGCUCUGGCCCCAAGUAGCGGCAGUAGCUCCACUACAACAACUAACGGCGGGGGCAGCAGCGGCGGCUCCAGCCCUGACUCUGGCACUGUCAGUCCCGGUGGUAUUGGAGGGGGUUGCGGGACGAGCGGGACUUUCAGGGAGCUAUUUGAGGCCUGUCGUAAUGGGGAUGUGUCCCGAGUCAAGAGGCUUGUGGAUACCGGGAAUGUGAAUGCCAAGGACAUGGCUGGCAGGAAAUCUACCCCGCUUCACUUUGCUGCAGGAUUUGGCAGGAAGGAUGUGGUGGAGCACCUCUUGCAGAAUGGUGCCAAUGUCCACGCAAGAGAUGAUGGGGGGCUGAUCCCGCUUCACAACGCCUGCUCUUUUGGCCAUGCUGAAGUAGUCAGCCUGCUGCUGUGCCAAGGGGCAGACCCUAACGCCAGAGAUAACUGGAACUAUACACCUCUCCACGAGGCAGCGAUCAAAGGCAAGAUUGACGUUUGUAUCGUGCUGCUGCAGCAUGGAGCAGAUCCGAACAUUCGCAACACUGACGGCAAGUCUGCCUUGGAUCUGGCUGAUCCCUCUGCUAAAGCUGUCCUCACCGGUGAAUACAAGAAGGACGAACUCCUGGAAGCAGCAAGGAGCGGUAAUGAAGAGAAGCUCAUGGCCUUGCUGACUCCAUUAAACGUGAAUUGCCAUGCAAGCGAUGGAAGAAAGUCAACAUCCCAAAAAAUGCUGUCCACCCCUCUGCAUCUGGCAGCAGGAUAUAACAGAGUGAGAAUCGUUCAGCUCCUUCUGCAGCACGGAGCUGAUGUGCAUGCAAAAGACAAGGGUGGCCUUGUCCCACUUCACAAUGCUUGUUCAUAUGGACAUUAUGAAGUCACAGAAUUACUUCUCAAGCAAGGAGCCUGUGUUAAUGCUAUGGACCUCUGGCAGUUCACUCCUUUGCAUGAAGCUGCUUCCAAGAACCGCGUUGAAGUCUGCUCUCUGCUUCUGAGUCAUGGAGCAGACCCUACACUGGUCAACUGCCACGGAAAGAGUGCUAUCGACAUGGCACCAACUCCAGAACUGAAGGAGAGGCUUACUUAUGAAUUCAAAGGCCAUUCUUUACUCCAAGCAGCACGGGAGGCUGAUUUGGCUAAAGUGAAAAAGACUCUUGCUUUGGAGAUUAUCAAUUUUAAACACCCACAGACCCAUGAAACUGCACUACAUUGUGCCAUGGCAUCACCACAUCCUAAACGGAAACAGGUCACAGAGCUGCUACUGAGGAAAGGUGCCAACGUUAACGAGAAGAACAAAGACUUCAUGACUCCAUUACAUGUCGCUGCUGAGAGAUCCCACAAUGAUGUUGUGGAAGUACUGCAGAAACAUGGAGCAAAGAUGAAUGCCUUGGAUACCCUGGGGCAGACAGCCCUGCACAGGGCAGCCCUUGCGGGUCAUCUCCAGACCUGCCGCCUCCUCCUGAGCUACGGAGCUGACCCGGCCAUUAUCUCGCUGCAGGGCUUCACUGCGGCACAGAUGGGCAGUGAAGCUGUGCAACAGAUUCUUAAUGUCGAUUCAGCAAAACCUUUUUGUUCUGGUCUCCCAGAAAACAUUCCGGUGAGGAAUUCUGAUGUUGACUAUCGGCUGCUGGAAGCUGCCAAAGCUGGAGACUUGGACACUGUAAAGCAACUGUGUUCCCCACAGAAUGUGAAUUGCCGGGACCUGGAAGGCCGCCACUCAACCCCGCUGCACUUCGCUGCAGGUUACAACCGAGUGUCUGUGGUGGAGUACCUGCUUCACCACGGGGCGGACGUCCAUGCCAAAGACAAGGGAGGUUUGGUUCCUUUGCAUAACGCCUGCUCAUACGGACACUACGAAGUAGCAGAGCUGCUGGUGAGACAUGGGGCUUCAGUCAAUGUGGCAGACCUUUGGAAAUUCACCCCUUUGCAUGAAGCAGCUGCCAAAGGAAAGUACGAGAUCUGCAAGCUGCUCCUUAAGCAUGGAGCAGACCCCACGAAAAAGAACAGAGAUGGGAACACUCCCUUAGACAUGGUGAAAGAGGGGGACACAGACAUCCAGGACUUGCUGAGAGGGGAUGCCGCUCUGCUUGAUGCUGCCAAAAAAGGAUGCCUGGCAAGGGUUCAGAAACUCUGCAGCCCAGAGAACAUUAACUGCAGAGACACCCAGGGGCGGAACUCCACUCCACUGCACUUAGCAGCUGGGUACAAUAAUCUGGAAGUGGCAGAGUACCUUCUUGAACAUGGUGCAGAUGUCAAUGCCCAGGACAAAGGGGGUCUCAUUCCACUGCACAAUGCAGCCUCAUAUGGGCAUGUGGAUAUUGCUGCCCUUUUAAUAAAAUACAACACCUGCGUAAACGCUACUGACAAAUGGGCCUUCACCCCGCUCCAUGAGGCAGCACAGAAAGGUCGAACCCAGCUCUGUGCCCUGCUCUUAGCCCACGGGGCAGACCCCACCAUGAAGAACCAGGAAGGACAAACGCCUCUGGACCUGGCAACAGCGGAUGAUAUCAGAGCUCUGCUGAUAGACGCGAUGCCACCUGAAGCCCUCCCAACCUGUUUCAAACCCCAAGCAACCGUGGUCAGUGCCUCUGUCAUUUCGCCUGCCUCAACACCAUCCUGCCUUUCGGCUGCCAGCAGCAUCGACAACCUGACGGGACCUCUGGCUGAGCUGGCAGGCAGCGGGGCCUCAAGUGCCGCUGAUGGGGCGACUGGUACAGAGAGGAAAGAAGGAGAAAUGGCAGUACUUGAUAUGAAUAUAAGUCAGUUCCUGAAAAGCCUGGGCCUGGAGCACCUUCGUGAUAUUUUCGAGAGAGAACAGAUUACAUUGGAUGUGUUGGCAGACAUGGGCCAUGAGGAGCUGAAGGAAAUUGGCAUUAACGCCUAUGGGCAUCGCCACAAACUAAUUAAAGGAAUAGAGCGUCUUCUAGGAGGACAGCAAGGUACAAACCCGUAUCUGACUUUCCACUGCGCUGGCCAAGGAACCGUUCUUGUUGACCUGGCACCUGAUGACAAAGAGUUUCAGUCUGUGGAAGAAGAGAUGCAGAGCACUAUCCGAGAACACCGGGAUGGUGGCAAUGCAGGCGGUGUCUUCAGCAAGUAUAACAUCCUAAAGAUUCAGAAGGUGGUGAACAAGAAAUUAAGGGAGAGGUAUUCACACCGGCAGAAGGAAAUAGCAGAUGAGAAUCACAAUCACCAUAAUGAGCGCAUGCUCUUCCAUGGUUCUCCAUUUAUAAAUGCAAUCAUUCACAAAGGAUUUGAUGAAAGGCAUGCCUACAUUGGGGGGAUGUUUGGUGCAGGAAUAUAUUUUGCUGAGAAUUCCUCAAAAAGCAAUCAGUAUGUGUAUGGGAUCGGGGGUGGGACUGGGUGCCCCACACACAAGGACAGGUCCUGUUACAUCUGCCACAGACAAAUGGUGUUCUGUAGAGUAACAUUGGGAAAAUCCUUCCUACAAUUCAGUGCAAUGAAGAUGGCUCAUGCACCACCUGGUCACCACUCUGUCAUUGGAAGACCAAGUGUAAAUGGGCUAGCAUAUGCAGAAUAUGUUAUCUACAGAGGUGAACAGGCUUAUCCAGAAUACCUCAUCGCAUAUCAGAUUCUAAAGCCAGAGAGUACCCCCCAGACAACAGAAGGUGCAGAACAAAAGUCCUAGUUUUAGGAGGAAGUGAAAAGCAGCAAACCUUUGGAACCACCAUGGGCCUGUAAUCCAGUACUGCAUAACUUGUGACUGUUACGGAACUUCAUAAACAUUCUCGGAGCCUGCAGAUUAGCUAGUAAUUGUCUUUUGUAAAAGCAUUAACAAAAACUACUAUUUUAGUUGUAAACUGCCACAGUUUCCUUAGAGAAAAUGUUUACAAGGGUUGCCUUUAUACAAAUAAACUCUGGCUCAUUUUCAGCCAGGUUCUCUCCUCACAGACAGUUAACCAACAGAAGUUUGACACCAACUGGGUUUUCCAGUGAAAUACAAUUAUAGAUAUAUAUAUAUAUAUAUAUAUAUAUAUAUAUAUAUAUAUAUAUAUAU